GUUUAAAAACACAAAGAUAAGUAUUAGUCUCAGGUGUAAGGUUUGUCUGGACCACUAAUGCCAAAACAUUGUGGUGUCUGAUGCCAAACGUGUUUUUUAAAGCUAAGAGGCUUCUUGAUGGUGAUAAUGACAAAGUCUGUGCCAAACGUUUCAUAUGCUGACCUACAUGCUUAUAUUCAGGUCUUCUGAUCAUGCAUUGAAAGUUUGUCCUUAUUGCCCCAUAAUUUUCAUCCUGCACUUUGCAUGUAUCAUACCUGCAGUUAUUGAUCUCUCUGCUUAGGAGUGAGCACCUUUGCGUGGGUACAGUUAAAAUAUUUUAAUUAUUCUAAACAGAAAUGCUGCCUGAAGUUUUCAAAGGAGCAUAAAAGUUGAUCUUGCAUCACAAUAAUUAAUUAGGUUCUGACAUAAAUUGUUGGAGUUUAGGGUGCAAAUAUGUGGACAGAUGGAUCAAAUUAGCCCUAAGGGCAUCAAUUUGGAUAGUAGAUUGUACUUUUGAAUCCUGGUUCUCAGUCUGUAACUAGUAUAGUGCUACUUACAGUCAAAGAAGUUUUGUUUUUUUCUUGAAGAUUUAAAGCAGCAAACAUUUUAAUUAGUCUUUAAAAACUAGGAAGAUGCAAUUCAAAGGGCUUGCCUCAAGUAUAUUCUGAUGGAGGCAGUCAUAUAAAUACCUGUACAUAACAAGCAGUGGCGUAUCUAUGGGCUGUCUUUGUCUUGUCUGAAAUUACUGAAAACGUGUCAGCUCUGAGUGCAUGUUCAUGUACCUUAAAAUUUCUUGUCUUGAGAAGGGAAGGGAUCUCAAAGUCGUUUACAGACACUGUGGGACAUUGUUUUCUAAGUUAACCUGCCCUUUUGCUCUGGCAUUCAAUCAGCAUGGGCGGAACUCCUAACAUGAAGGCACAUCAUAGUGAAAAGCAGGAACUUGACAAGAGGAGUUGGUAGAUUUAGAGAGUUACUGAGAGCUGUAGAAACAAGAACUACACAAAAUCUGCGAAUGACGAUAGCACGACAACUGGCUGAAAUUUUGUUACGAGGCAUGUGUGAACAGAGUUACUGGAAUCCACUAGAAGAUCCUCCUCACCAAUCACCCCUAGAUGAUCCGCUUCGAAAAGGUUCAAAUACUAAGAAUUACACGCUCAGUAGAAGACCGAGGGUAUACACUGGAGAAAACAUCUUUUGUCCUCAAGAAAAUACAGAAGAAGCCUUACUGUUGCUGCUUAUUAGUGAAUCUAUGGCUAACCGUGAUGCUGUACUGAGCCGAAUACCAGAACACAAAAAUGAUCGAAUCAUCAGUUUGCAAAGUGCAUCUGUAGUCUAUGAUUUACUUACUAUAGCCUUGGGAAGAAGAGGCCAAUAUGAAAUGCUCUCAGAGUGUUUAGAAAGAGCCAUGAAGUUUGCGUUUGAAGAGUUCCAUCUCUGGUAUCAAUUUGCAUUGUCCUUGAUGGCAGCAGGAAAAUCUGCUCGAGCUGUAAAAGUCUUGAAGGAAUGUAUACGUUUGAAACCAGAUGAUGCAACUAUUCCACUCCUUGCUGCAAAGCUCUGUAUGGGAUCUCUCCACUGGUUGGAAGAAGCCGAAAGAUUUGCCAGAACAGUUGUUGAUCUUGGGGACAAAACAUCAGAGUUCAAAGCAAAAGGCUACUUGGCACUGGGAUUGACUUACAGUCUGCAGGCUACUGAUGCAUCUUUGCGAGGGAUGCAAGAGGUCUUGCAGAGAAAGGCUCUUCUUGCAUUUCAGAGGGCUCACAGUUUGUCUCCAACGGAUCAUCUGGCAGCAUUUUACUUGGCACUGCAGCUUGCCAUAUCCAGACAGAUACCAGAAGCUUUGGGUUAUGUUCGUCAGGCUCUGCAGCUACAAGGAGAUGAUGCCAACUCUCUUCAUCUCCUUGCACUCUUGCUAUCAGCCCAGAAACACUAUCAUGAUGCUUUGAAUAUCAUUGAUAUGGCCUUGAGUGAAUAUCCAGAAAAUUUUAUAUUACUGUUUACAAAAGUCAAAUUGGAGUCCCUGUGUAGAGGCCCAGAUGAAGCACUCCUUACCUGCAAACACAUGCUCCAGAUUUGGAAAUCCUGCUACAAUCUCACUAACCCAAGCGAUUCUGGACGUGGGAGCAGCCUGUUAGACAGAGCUAUUGCUGAUAGACGACAGCUUAAUACAAUUACGUUACCAGAUUUCAGUGAUCCUGAAACAGGUUCAGUCCAUGCUACAUCAAUAGCAGCUUCCAGAGUGGAGCAAGCACUGUCUGAGGUUGCUUCCUCUCUUCAGAGCAGUGCCCCUAAACAAGGUCCCCUGCAUCCUUGGAUGACUCUGGCUCAAAUAUGGCUUCAUGCAGCUGAAGUCUACAUAGGAAUUGGGAAGCCUGCUGAGGCCACAGCGUGUACCCAAGAAGCAGCUAAUCUCUUUCCGAUGUCACACUAUGUUCUCUAUAUGAGAGGUCAGGUGGCUGAACUUCGUGGAAAUAUCGAUGAAGCCAAACGCUGGUAUGAAGAGGCCUUAUCUAUUAGUCCUACUCAUGUGAAAAGCAUGCAGAGGCUGGCUCUGAUACUUCACCAGCUCGGGCGCUAUAGCUUGGCAGAGAAGAUUCUCAGAGAUGCCGUCCAGGUGAACUCCACAGCCCAUGAGGUCUGGAAUGGCCUGGGAGAGGUGCUGCAGGCUCAAGGCAAUGAUGAUGCCGCAACCGAAUGCUUCCUGACAGCACUGGAGCUUGAAGCUAGCAGUCCCGUGGUCCCUUUUACCAUCAUUCCUAGAGUCCUUUGAGAGGGCAUCUUGAUAAACCGAUUUUGGUCUGACUUCUGAGUGAGGAAACCCAGUGUAUCAGGCUGCCUGGUAACUCGUUAGUUUGAAAAACUUCAGAGCUACAGGUAACAAACUCCAGUCUUUGGCGGGAAAGUGGCCAAAACAGUGACGUGAUGGAAUGUAUUCAUUAAUGUUAGACUAAGAGGACAAAAUGGCUAGUCAGAACCAAACCACUCAUAUCACCUACAUUUUUGCCCUGGUAGUUUUAAAACAUCAUUAUAUUGUUCAUGGAUGAUGUGCCAUAUUUUGUUAGUGAUACUUGAGUGUUACAUAAAAUUAUAAUGGAAUCAACUACCAAAUGUAGAAUAAGUUAAAAUUCAGUGGCAGAGCAGACUAUUUUUAACAAGGCUGUUAAUAAAACUGUUCUCUUCCUGCCUCUCAACCUCUUUUGGCCCAAAGUCAAAAUGUGAAUUUUCUGUUUCCAUCUCUAUUUUAGUCCAGGCCAGAAAAUCAGUUGAGUUCUUGUUUUCAGUUGUUAAUAACUGUGAUGUGUGGCUAACUGUUAUCUCUAUUUAGAGCAAAGGCUGAGUACAAGAAUAUUUAUAUUUUACCAAUGUAUGCCUGUUACAAAAAAUAUAUUGGUUAUUUAAGUUUAACUUUUUUAUGUGAAUUCAGAGUUUAUUUAUCGAUGGAAAUAUGUAAAAAGUAAGCCUCAAAUGGAAUAUUUACUGACACUCCUUAUACAUGACCCACACUUGGCUAAAUGGGAAGAUUAUGUUAAUAAUAAAAUGAUUUUUAAAUG